AUGAUUGAAGACCACGAUGCGCCCUCUACAAGUAGAGGCCGAAAGCGCGGACGUAAAUCGAAAGUUGAACCCGAAGCGACUAUGAUUGAGACUUUUGAUGAAGAGGGUCUAAUAGAAGAAAGCGAGGAAUCGACAUCUGGCUUUAAACUCGAGGUUACAUCACAGGAACCAUCAUCAACUUUCAAGGAGGGCAUUUAUAAUCAAGGCAAUUUUUAUGGGUGGACGAAAGAUUGGAAUCCCGAAUGGAUGUAUCGUCUACCCGGGGAUGUCGUUUUGACAGCAAUUCGAAAUGGCGGCUCUGAAGGAAGAGGUCGAGCAGAAAUUGGAAAAUGUCUCGGUAUUGAUACUGCUACAAAACCUGGAAAUCGUCGAGUCAGCGGUCAUAUAGUUGCUGUCCAAAAAGAACACGAAAAGCAUGUGGGCCAAUUUCAAAAGAUGGAAGGAAAAGUUCGAAUGAUCAAGUAUUUCUGGAAAAAGUCGGCCGAGCCCGAAACAUUCCAGAAGCUCUUUGAUGAUUUCAGAAAACUUGCCAAACGAGAAUGUCCUUUCAAGAUGGGACAAACUAUUAAAUUUCCCGAUACUGGAUUGAGUACUCUUCGAAUUUCGGACGUUAGUCUUCGCCGGUUAAAUGACAUACUAGAGCUUCUAAGUGUCGAAGAAAUUCUGAUUCCUAUCCAUAAAAUUCUGAAGCAUAUUCACAACAAAGAAAUGGCACAGGGAUACCAAUUUCAGAUUGACAAGAAAAGCAUGAUGAAGUGUCUUCUAGCUCUCAAGAAAGAAAAUUUAUUGAACAUUUUCGAAACACUUGUGACUAGCGAAAAUGUAGAAAACAAAAUUCAAAUUGUCACUCGGCCAUAUAUUUCCUCCGCGGAUAGUCCCGAAGUGGCGGCAGAAAUUCAACGUACGAUCGAUCUGUACCACGCCGAAGGGCGAGUUUUUCCACAUGGCCAACUUCGAUACUCAACCAAAAAACGGACCGAAGCUGAGAAGCCGAAACAACCCGGCAAGAACGAGAUCAAUUCACAAUUGAAGCAAGCACAAGAACUAUUAGAAAAUGGAUUUUCGUCCGGAAUUUCACUUGAGCAACGUUAUGCCUUAUUUCGCUUGCAGAAUUCAAAAUCAAUUGUGGCUAGACCAAAAAGUAGUGACCAGAUGGGAAGCUCGGGUUUGAACGAAACAACUACGAACGAAGACUCAAGAAUUGAUGGAAUUGACAAUACAUUAGAUUUGAUUGCCAAUAGUAUUAUGGAGGAAACGAGUUUGGAAAAAGAAAAUGAGCCUACAGAAAACAAGGAAGAUGAGCAAAUCGACGAAAAAGCAGCGCACAUUUUGUUAAACUGUAAUGGUGUACUUUCCGAUGGCGUGGACGACCCAUCUGUGCCAAUGAGAGCUAUCCCCAAAACAUUAGAACAUCUUGUACGCAAGAAAGAUCUGUAUGAUCCACACAUUGAAUAUGGAUUUCAAAGCAAGUACAUUCGACUUUGCGCUUUACAUGACACCGUUUGGCAUUUUGUUUAUGGAAAUCCCAGAGGGAAACCUUCUGUCUUCGAAAGAUAUCCACCUGGUCGAGAUCCUGUUUCGUUGCCAGAAGUGUCAUUGGAUCAACUGCCAGUUUACCAAGAGACCGAAACCCCGUAUCGAUUCAUGCCAUCAUGCGAUUACGAAGAUUUGCCAGCUGGAUGGUUUAUGCUUCAGGAUUUUUAUUGUGCUCUACCGUUCUCCGUAUUUUGCCUAUUGUCUCAAAUACCGAAAAGUGCUCCGAAAGAAGAUGUUUUGCAACUUUUGACUGAUCCAAUUGCUCGCCAUACUCCUUUAGCUGACUUGCCAAUCUCUAUUAGAAAGCCACUUUUCAAAGACAAAAGAAACUUACGUCAAAUUGAACAUACUGUAUUUCAACUCUGUGCAAUGGGCUUGGGAGUGCUCGCUCCAAAUCCUGAUCCUAAACGAUUUACAACAGCACACACUUCUGUUUUUUACAUAUCGAAAGAGGGUGUUCUUUAUGAUACAAGCACGAGUGAAAGAGGAUAUGCCAAGGUUUCAUUGCCAUUAGAACAAUAUAAUAGGUACGUUUAUCAGUUUGAUGAUCACAAUCAGGUUUCAUUGUACUGGCAUCAUCUUCGGGCAAUAAGUCAAAGUACUCCAUUGAAUUUUCGUCUUGAGCUCGUUCCUGGAGAAAUAAAUCCAAAUCGUCACAAGAGUUACUCGCUCGGAAUGUUUGAUCGGUCAACAAUUACCUGGGAUGGAACUACAAAUGAAAUUACCUCGUUGGAAAUUCAACCUUUGGGCCCGCAUGAUGGGUGUGCUGGUUUUGAUUCAGCCCUUUACCUUCACUUAAAACGUCAUUGGGACUUAAGCCCACGUCCUAACAAUGUCGUUUCGUGGUUUGUUUCGUGGUUUAGAAGAAAUGGUGAUUUGGCUAAGUCUACCAUUGAGCAACGUGUCGUCAAACUUCAACGUGACUGGAAUUCAGUUGUACGAUCAUUAAUGCCUUCAGAUAUGGAAUUGACAAGGAAAAAACGCGUCCGCGCAUCGACAGAUUUCGUGCCCUCUACACUGGCAAUGCAAUCUCUUCAUCUGGAACCAAAAGUUCGCAUUCCUACGGCACCAAAAGGUGUUCGUCAUAAGAAAAGGCCAUUGGAUAACGUCGACAUAAUUUCCCAGCAGAAUCGUCUUAAUCUAAGAUGUCGUUUUUCUGCUAAAGAGCGCGAUAUGUUGAUCCUUAUCCGUGCUGUUGGCUUCUUU